AUGGAUGUUGAUGGCGCUAUGGGAAUUCACUUGCCGCAAGAUAUAAUUACGGAAAUCUUUAGCAGGCUACCUGUGCGGUCUCUUUUUCGAUUCAAAUGUCUUUCAAAGUUUUGGAUGACGUUCAUCUCAGAACCUUACUUUGUGAUGAAGCAUUUCAAUCAUGCUUGGAGAAACCAAAAUUCCCAAAAAAUUCGUCUUGUUAACCAAAACCUUUCCUUCCAAUAUUGUUCUUCUUUGACAUCUUAUUUAUCGUCAGUUCAACUGGUAGACGAUGUACAACAAGAACUUGAUUGGCCUUCUAGCGAUAAACCAAGGAGUUGCAAAAUAUAUUGUUGUUACAAUGGGUUGGCUCUUUUGGGGAUUAAUGAAUAUAAAUAUCUUGGUGACAUCAAACUUUUGCUAUGGAACCCCUCCACGAGAGAAUCAAUAAUACUUCCUCAAACAGGAUUUUUAGUGGCAUUAGAUUUUACUUGCGGAUUGGGAUAUGGCUCAACUAGUGAUGACUAUAAGAUCCUUAAAGUUGGUCACCAAUCAUGCAGUGAACUUCUCUCACUAAAAAGUGGUUCCUGGAGAAAAAUUGGUAAACAUCCUUCUGGCAUUUACCCCUUGAGGUCAUCUACUAUGGACUCUCUGGCAUUUUUACAUGGGGCAUUUCAUUGGCUUGGUUUGUCACUAGAGUAUGUGGUUUCAUUGGAUAUUUCAAAAGAGGUGUACACAGAAAUACCGUUGCCUGAUGGGAUGUUCAUGGUUUCCGACGUUGGUCACAUCCAACAUGGUGUUUCAGUAUUAGGAGGAAUGCUUUGUGUUCAUUCUACUCAAUCUCAUCCGUGGAAUUACAAUUUCAAAUUUUGGGUAUUGAAAGACUAUGGUGUCAAGGAACCUUGGAAUCAAUUGUUUAAUAUACGAAGUACCUAUCUCUAUGCAAUCAUACCGGAAUACAUGUUUUCAGAUGGUGAAGUGUUACUCCGUUGCAGACAUUUGGGACGUGGCUGUGUUUUUCAGACAUCCAAAGAAUUAUCUGGUUUAUGGCUUCGAUCUGCUCCGGAAGAUAUGGAUGAUGGAUUUGUCUAUACAGAAAGCUUGAUCUCACCAAAAUUACUUGCUUAG